AUGGCCGAGCCACUACCAGCCGUACUCAAAAUCCCCGAAGUGAGCCGCUUCAUCAACCGCGCGAACCAGCUCAGAAGCAUCAAACCGGCCCUCGCAUAUUGGUGUGAAUACCAUGCUGUCAACCAGAUCGUAGGCAAGGGCCUGCACAACUCAGACGACGAAGCCUUUGAGUUCACAAAGACCCUGAUCGAGCGUCUCGAAACAACAAAGACGGAGCGCGCUGACGAUGAAGCGAUUAUCGAUAACGCUACUGGCCAAGCAUACGUUGAGCAGUUCGCCCAACAGACGUUUGAUCGCGCCGAGCGUACCCUGCGAGCUGAUAAAGUGACGAGACAAACCGCCGACACAUUCGAUGCCGCUGCAACGUUCUUCGAUCUUACGCGCGAAUGGGGCGAGCCUGACCCCGAGGUUGUGAAGAAGAUCAAGUUCGCAAAGUGGAACGCUGCUCGAAUCCUCAAGGCUAUUCGUGAAGGCAAAGACCCCAAUGAAACAAACCCCAGAGCGCCAGAGCCCGAACCCAGCGUUGGUCUGGAUCCAUCUGACCCCGAAGUCCAGAUCUUAACAGGAGGCCAGCGAGCUACAGUCGAGGAUGCUCCAGAUGUUGGAGAGUCGCCCAAAGUUGUCACGCCUACAGAGGCGCCAUCAAAAGAUCCCACUGACCCUAGUUAUUUCCCACCACAAGCUGAACCGGAGGGGCAGGCUCCAGAGCCUUUUGUCCCAUCACCCAUGAGCACAAGCUCUACCCCCGGUGGCGAGCUUGGUCGCCCACCAGUCGGUCUACCACCUGAUGUUUCUCCCGCAGCAGAGUCUCCAGCACAGCCAGCUGCCCAGCCUUCAACCGAUGCCCCCACUUCCAUGGAGAUAUCCGACGACCACGACGCUCCUGCAAGGCCUAUGAUGCCUCACCUUAAUUCGUCGCAUCCCGGAAAGCCGCCAGGCAUGGAACCACUGGCACCACUUUCUGCUGCAGCGGCUGCCAGACCGUUCUUACCUCACCUUGCUUCAUCACUACCCAAGGCGCCAAGUGUUGACUCCCCAUCACCUAUUGAAGCUGCCGCAAACGCAAGACCAUGGCUGCCUCACCUCACUUCUUCAGCCAUUGGAAAUGGACCAGUCCCCCCAAGAGGGCCCCCAACAUCUGUUCCCGCGCCUACAGCCCCUGUUGGUGACAGACCAGUGAUGCCUCAUCUCAACUCUUCACAUCCAGGAAAGGCACCAAUUGAUCCUUUAAAGCCUCUCAAUGCAGCAGCGGCGGCAAGACCAUGGCUACCUCAUCUCGCUUCCGCUCCUCCUGGAAAGGGAUCUGUUUCUGAACCACAAGCACCUCCAGCUGUCGAACCUAUCAGACCAAUGAUGCCGCAUCUUGCCUCUUCACACCCUGGAAAGUCACCGGCUCACUCACCCCCAUCAGUGGCCCCUACAUCCGCACCUGCUCCAGAAAGGUACUCGACAGACCAGAAAGACAUCAACCAGGCUCAGAAGCACGCCAAAUGGGCGAUAUCGGCGUUGAACUUUGAGGAUGUGCCUACUGCCGUUAAGGAACUGCGCAAUGCACUUGCGAUGCUUGGGGCUCAGUAA